CAGGAGUGGUUCUCGCAGUAUUGCAAACCGAUCGUACGAUUCCGUCGAUUAGUCUUCGUCACGAGUUAACUUUACUGACAAUACUUGAUCGUUUCCCGGGCUCGCCGCGCUUUGUUAUUGUUUAAAGCGUACAAAUAUUCCCGUUCGUUCACUUCUGUGGUACCAGCGUCGGUGUUGCGCGUUCGUGGGCAACGAAAUCUGCUAGACCCACAGCUUUUCUGUACGUGUCCCGAGGACCGUGUCCAGUGAUCUUAAUACGAAAAAUCGAAUGGUCCCAAACUUGACUGUACAGUGCGCUGUCGUACGGUUGGCUAUGUUCGAACGGUAACAACGUGCCGUAAAUACCGAUAUACACGAGAACCAUCGAUCCUAUUUGGGACGUGAUUUUUUCGUAACAUACGUUAGGCGGUCCACACGUGUUGCACGAGAUUUUCAAGAAAUAACGGAACAUUUAAAUAACAAGAAUCGCUCUGGGAUUUAAUUCAAAACUAUUCCGGGGACGUGAAGAGACAAUUGUGCCCGGGGACAUCUUUAGAUAGGAUCGUUGUCGAUUCGCCGAUCGAUGAGAAGUGAUUGGUGAAGUGCAUAAUAUUCAUGGACAUCUAGUUGAUAUCGAACCGCGAAGAGAGGAAAAAGAUUGGAGUCAAUCGAGCGCUAAUAGAACGAUACUGGCAUCUUUAAAAGUGUUUCAAGAAAACGACGGAUUGUCUCGAUGCCCGAGUGUGCUAAUGUUGUAUGAUAGCAUGCAGUUCGCAUAUCGGUACACGUGGAACCGAGAGAUUAUUGUCAAUUCCCAAAAAUUGGUAAAAAGACGUUGAACUGGUACGGCGUGUGACCUUCCAAGUGAACUCGGCUGCUUCACAUCAAAAACUAUAUACCAUACCGUGCUUCAAGAACAUUUACUACCAUUUCUAUAUAUAUAUACAUAUAUAUAAAUAUACGUAUUUUUUUUUAUUAUUAUUAUAUACACGCAUAUAUUACGUUUUCAAAUAAAAUUAUUCACACGAAAACACUCUACACGUGAUAAUGGCUGCUAUAUGUUACAGUGAACCUUUUUCGGAUUGGUUGGAAGAAAAGAUAGAAUUACCUAUUUUUGAGGAAUUACCGGUUCCUGAAAAUGGACAUCUUAAACCAACCCCAUAUAAUGAAGUUUCAAAGAUACAUCAGCAAGACGAUACCCAAACACUACUGCAAGAGUUUGAGACAGUUCUAGGAGAUGUGGAAGCUUGCCAUCAAAUAGUCCCUACAUCGAGUUCUACGCUCACACCACCUCAAUCACCGCCGCCGCCGCCGCCACCGCCGCCGCAUAAACCAUUAAAUGUGGAUACUCAAUUACUCAUUACUUUACAACCUGUACAACCGUUAUACUCGAAUCAUCAAUCCAUGUAUGAUGUGGUAAUACCUGAAGAAAAAACAUAUACUAACGAAGUACCUGUGCAAUGGAAUCCAAAAAAUAUAGCAUUAGAUCCUUUAAAUACAGACGUUGCGCAUGACUUAGCUGUGGUGGAUGAAUAUGUACGAUUACAAACCGAGGAUAUCCCACCAUCUAGUCCAUGCACCAGUUCAGGUGGUAGUUACACAUCAUCGGAAGAUUCUGUAGACGAUCCAGAUUGGAUUUUCGAAUCUACAAGAAAAUGUACAAAACAAUCAACAAGCGGUUCAUCGCGAAGUCGUCAAAAACCUUACUCCCGUCCGUCCUUGGAAGACAAAAAGGUGCGGAAAAAGGAGCAAAAUAAAAACGCGGCGACACGUUAUAGACAAAAGAAAAAACAAGAAAUAAAAGAGAUAUUGGGAGAAGAACGCGAACUCGCGGAUCAUAAUGAGAAAUUGAAAAAUCAAGUGAAAGACUUGCAGCGAGAGAUUGGGUACUUAAAAGGCUUGAUGAGAGACUUAUUUAAAGCCAAGGGUUUAAUUAAGUAAUCCAUUUAUCGAUCGUAGUUAUGUUUAAUUAUUUUUAUUCAAUUUAUUAACUAUAUUCUUUUGACACUAACUAUUUUACAAUGAACCUAAUAAUGUAUUAUAAUACAUAGACUUAGAUUACUGAUUGUUAUCUCCACUUUUUCUCAACUAGCAACGUAUUUGAACAUAAAUCUAAAGUCUAUCACAGCUUCUUAGUAGGACUACAGAACUAUCAUCGUGUAAUCCAUAAAGUGUGCUCCAUCUCUUGAUUUACCGAUGGUCCAUUAAGAUUAGCAAAUAAGAUGCAUUAAAUAACCAAAGAAUUAACGAAGUGUGUACAACCUUAUGAAACUCCUUAUCGAGUGGAAACUUGUUGUUGCUCCGAAUUCUGCGAGUAAUCUAAUGCACCUUAAUGACGCAAAUCUUUUCAUUCCAAACAAUUCUAACCCAAUCAAGUUAUGAGUUUUCUUACGAAGAAUUAUUGUAUUAGAAAAGUAAUAAAUGGGUUAUUGUGUAAUAAA